AUGGAUAACAGCCCAAGCAAGCCCAGGAAGACCGAACGUGUGUGCAAGACUUGCCGCGGCCUGAAAAAAUGGAAGGCGCCCGAUGACCCCACUACUGUCGAAGCCCUAGAGGCAAAGCUAUCAGAUUUGGCUAAGCAGCUAGAGGCGAGCAACGCCCAGCUCCAGUCCCUUCAAGGGUCGACUUGUGAGAAUCUCAGUCCGGAUAAUCCGAGUCUAAGCAGCUAUGAUGCGCCAAUCGCAUCAAGUUCCUCGAGUACCCAGAUAGCGGAUCAGGACGAGCACGUUAUUGGGAUGUGGUAUUCUUACCACAGACACUGCCAAUGGGUACAUAUUGAAGUACCGGAAAAUGUGUGA